CAUAGUGCUGCCUGUGUGUGUGCGUGUGCGCGUCUCUCCCUGCCUGCGCUGUGCUCUCUCACUCGUGUGCGCGCGCACACACACACGGGCACACGCAGACAAGCACACACAGAACGAGGGAGGGAGAGGGAGAGAGAGAGAGAGAGAGAACACAUCGCAGCAGAGAUGCAGCAGGAGGUUUUCCGAGGUUUAGGGGUGGGGUCAUGGUGUCCGAAAUGGACGGCUGGAACCCCCUCCACACUAGUACUGCAUCUUUGGAGCUAAAUGAACAUUGCCUGGGUGGUCUCUUUCCAAUCUGUAAGAAGACACAGUUCCACAUCCAUCUAAGAAUCAUCACUGUCUACAGCAUCCAGUUCCAUGAGUUGAGGUCUUCUCCACCUGACACUCCUCCUUUUCUGCAUGCCCGCCAAUCUGAUGCUUCAGUGGUGGACACAGUUCUAACAGUUGCCUCACUCUGUUCAGUAUUUCUGACAUUGCUGACCGGCAUCUACAACUCUUGCUUCCUUAAGAGCCUGUUUGAGGUGGACCAUAGUUUUGAAGUGCAUCUCAGAGGACCAGUGAAAAGAAAUCAAAUGAAACACAGAAAUAAACAGAUGAGAGGAGACAGAAUGGGGGAGGGGACAGAUGAAGUUGAUGGUGCCAAAACUACAAGAAUAUCUCUCAGUUUUCCUAUUAGCGCUGGCCUGCCUGGUUAUUCUGCACAAAAGCACUGUCCCUUGAUUCACUCCCCUUCCUCUUCUGCAGCAUAUGACAGAGACACUUCUGAUAGCACUGCAUGGAAGGAGGAAACUGCCAGAGACAAGCACUUGUCUAAAGCAUCAAAACUGGACUGCCUGCCUUGCUCUUCCUCCUCCACUGUCCCCAUUGAUCUGACUGCACCUGUCAGUAAGAACUGCAAAACUGUGUCCUUUUCAGUGGCUGGUAGUGGUACCCACUUUCCAACCUCUGCUUUACAUACAUCUGCUAAAAUGGACUACUCAAGAGAGACAUCUGGAUCUGGUCUGCCUAAUGACUACCCAGAACACUCAACAACAGAGACAGCACAUAUCUUAUUUAACCUGAGCGCAAGAGCCUUCCAGGGUCAGCUGACAAAGAACCUGGAAAGUUCAAAAGGAAAAAAACGAAAGGGUAACAGCCUACAUGUUGAACUAAGCCUCCCUCUUCCCAGUAUUAACCCACCAUCAUCAUCGUCAAGCCCUCCUCCUCUUUCUCCAUCUUCUGUCUCUUCCUUGACCCUCCCUGCUCCAUCUUUUCAUGACUCCUAUCGGGCAGUGCCAAAACCAGAGCUGCUGUGUGGGGUGUGCCACCGUCUGUUCAGCACUGCCUCGUCCCUCACCGUCCACAUGCGCCUCCAUCGGGGGGGACGGGUUCUCAGCUGCCGCCACUGUGGCAAAGCCUUCAUCCAUAAUAAAAGACUUCAGUCCCACGAGGCCACCUGUCGACAAGCUUUGCCAGCUUUCCCCAUCCAACCCAAACAGGAACCUUUGGAGGAGGGGGAGGGGGAGAAAACAGGCAAAGCUGAGGAACCAGAACAGGAUGGGCAAGAGACAGGGCCUGGCCGACCCAUAAAGAAGGGACGAGGCCUCCAUGGACACCAUGCUGGGGCACUGCCUCACACUGAUGGCCUGAGGGACGAGGAUCACUUUGUAAAAGUUGUUGAUGGGCAUAUCAUUUACUUCUGCUCAGUGUGUGAACGCUCCUACAUGACCUUGUCAAGCCUCAAACGCCACUCCAACGUGCACUCGUGGCGUCGGAAGUACCCAUGCCACUUUUGUGACAAGGUUUUUGCUCUUGCAGAAUACCGCACCAAACAUGAGGUGUGGCACACAGGUGAAAGGCGAUACCAGUGCAUAUUCUGCUGGGAGGCAUUCCCUACCUAUUACAACCUCAAAACACACCAGAAAGCCUUCCAUGGCAUUAGCCCUGGUCUUAUCUCAAGUGAGAAGACGGCCAAUGGUGGCUAUAAGCAGAAGGUUAAUGCCCUUAAACUCUACCGGCUACUGCCAAUGCGCUCUCAGAAACGGCCAUACAAAACAUAUAGCCAUGCUUUGGCUGAUGGACUACUCAAGCCUGACUCAUCAGUUAACCUGCCUUUGCCUCUGGACUGCAGCCUCCCUCUGGAUGCCAGUAAAUUGGAGUCCUUCCUCAAAGAUCUACAUCCACAAGACAUUAAGCCUGACCCUGACAGAUUCCUUAUGAAGAUGGGUACAGAACAAAGCAAGAAGCUGCCCACACCCCACACAGACACACCUGCAGAGGUCACUGAGAAAGAGGGGUCAGAUGAACGUCUGUCUGGCAACAGCAGUGGCAAAGCAAAAAGUCUCAAAAGCUCAGAGGCAGCUGUUUCUUCUGUCAUUACGUUUGGACAUAGCAAACCCUCAGUCAUCAUGCAUAGCACAGCACUCCCAUCCUCUGUUAUUGUUCAAAGAAAUAAGAUUCCCUCUGGGGAUGGAAAGAGCCCCCCUGAGAGCAAUCAGGCAACAGCUAAGGCUUCACAAAAGCUAAUUAAACGGCAUAGUCAAAAAGAACACACACAUGCUCAUAGUAGGUGGGACACAGAUAUCCCAAAUACAGAAGACUCAAAAAUCCAACAAAUGACAGAGACAUUGCACAAGGGACGUAAAACUCAUAGCAAGAGUGAGUUAAGCAAGGCAAUGCCCAUAUCCGUAGAUUCUGCAGUCAAAGGGAGUGGGCCUCUGUGUCAGAUCACUGUGCGUAUUGGGGAGGAGGCUAUUGUCAAAAGGAGCAUCUCUGAGACAGACCUCAGGAGAGACAAAAGUCCAUCGUUAAGUAAAGUCAAAAAGAGCAACCUCCUGCACGAAGAACAGAGAGAGCAGCGGCACACCCAUCACCACCACCGCAAACACCAUGGUCACCGCAGAUCUAGCCAGGAAGGAAGGGAGGGGGAGCCCAAAUGGAAAAACCCUAGACUGCCAGGCAAGGUGAGGAAGUAUUUCUUCCGACAGGAAGUUAGGGAGGACAGAAAUGACCAUGAUGGAGAGGACAACCUGUGGAGACCAUACUAUUCUUAUAAGCCCAAGCGAAAGGCCCUGCAUAUGCAGAAGGCCAAAAGCUGGCAACGCAAAAUGCACUACAAACGAUCUCUGAGGUUGAUGAGGAGAGCAGAGAGGCUUAUGAAUCAUGUAAACCAAGAGGUUGACGGUGGACAAGAAAAAGAAGAAAAAGAUGAAGUGAAGGAAAAGGAGAAAGAAGUUAUUCAUCAUAAGGAGAUCAAAGACAACACACAACUUCUUUCUGUUCCCUCUACAACUGAACAGAUGGAGGAAGAGAAGGGGGCUCCUGGAAAGCCUGACUUUCCCAUCUCUGCAGCUUUAUCACAGUCUACGCUGAAUACUCAACACACAAUUUCCUCUAACAUCAAACAGCGUUGGUCUGGGGACCAGGCCUCUGAAUGUGGGUCUUGUGGCCGCUGGUUCUCUAGCUCUAGGAAGCGAGACAAACAUGAGCUAACACAUCUAUUUGAAUUUGUGUGCCUGCUUUGCAGAGCUCCUUUCCCCUCUCAGACCAAGUUAGAGGAGCACCAGAGAACCAAUCAUCCAAAAAACAAAACUCUGUCUACCUCUGCUCCGUGUAAUUUACAGUCAUUGAGCAAAGAAAAGGCAAUGGAACUCGGAGAAGUGGGAGAUGUACUGAACAGAAGGUUAUUGGAAAAAGGUAGUCCAGUUCGCUUGGGAAGAAGGCCUUUGACCAGAUAUACCUGCUCACAAUGCGACAAAGUAUGUAAGACAGCUGCUGCACUGAACUGCCACCUGAAGCGGCAUGAGCUAAGUUCAACAGAGAGCGUGCAGCAAAUGCAGGGAGUACAAAGUCAUAAUUCUGUGACUCCAGAAACAGACAAAGAACAAAGUAAAGACUUGGACUUUACAGGAGAGCAUGCACGGUCCAUCCCCGUUAUAAAUUAUCUCAAAAAAGAUUCUCAGCAAACAGAGAAUCAGAAGUUUGAAGGUAAUGAAGAACACCAAAAAGUAUGUGCUAAUGACAGUGCAAAACUAGCAACUUUUGACAAAAUCCACAGCCCACAGUUUUGUACUAUAUCACCCCCAACUAGUCCCACACUGGAAAAGUCAAACGUCAUCUCCCCAAGUCUCCCUAGUGUACUUGUAAUGAAUGGAGCAGAAUGCCUGGACUUUCGAACCCCUGAAAAACGUAGCCUAGAUGCACAUGACCAGAGGAAAAGAAGUCUCACGCCUACUGAUAAACUAAGUCAAGUCAGUCAAAUACAAACAGCACCAAAGGUCAGAACAGAGGCAGAUCCAGCUGUAUCCAUGGCAUUACAAUCAGUGAGGUGUAGUGCUUUGGAACAAGAAGUAGAAACAGACACACAGAGACAAGAGGAUAUUCAUUCCAGUGAUCAUUUAAAUAAUUCACAAGAAGCUCAAGAUCUUAGGGUCUUUGCUACAUCCAGAGCCCUCAACAGCAGCCAAGCAGAGGACUUAUCCAGGCAAACUAUACUGGCAAGGGAGAGGGAGCUUACUCAGCAAACUGCACACCAAUACACCAUCAAUAAGAGGCGAUCCACAAAUGAAGAGGUGACACUCAUAGUGCCCAAAGAGGAGCCGGUGAGUCCUGUGCCCUCUCCCACAUGCUCUGUCAUUCAAACCACUCAUAAAGGACCCUAUCAAAGGCACUCACAGUCCCCUUGUCACUCUCCAAGCCCCUUAAACCUGCAGUUGCGACCACAUUUGGAGCCUAACCAACCGCACCAAGGCAUGCACCGCGCUGAGAAACAAAGACCUGUAUUUCCAACAAGUUCAGGUCGGGGUAGUGAACCCCCCUCUUCUUGUGCUGUGCUGCACCCCCAAGUGCCCCAUUCAGAGCAGGAGACAAAGGACAGCACCUCUUCAACAGCAAGAGAUCCCCAUAGGGAAUCUGACUAUCCUAUUCAGGAGUUUGCACUUCCCUUGAUCAUACCAGGGGGGUACUGCUCAAGUAAGAAACAAGAGGAACAGAUCCUGAUGUCUUAUCCUCCUGGACCCCUACCUUUUGGGGCACUAGGGAAGAUGGUACCCCAUACUGACUCGAGCAAACUACCCUUUUAUCCUGAUCCCUAUCACCUACUCUAUGGCCCACAGCUACUACCAUACCCAUACAGCCUUGCUGCCCUGCCUAUGGCUCUCAAUAUGAUGGCAUCAGGGGACAAAGUAGAGCCGUUGCCCUUCUUGCCCACUCUCUUCAAUUAUGCUGCAGCAGGUGCCCCUUUCACAGGAACAGUGCCCCACCCUUUAGUGGUGAACCCCAGCCUAUACAAUAACAGCAGUAGCAGUAGCACAAAGCGAGACAGUGGCAACCCAUGAGUGGAUGGGGCAGCAGCAGUGAAGGAAUACUGUACACAUUAAAGAGGACCAGGCCUUUGAUGGAAGAAAUUUUAUUGUUCUAUUGCUCUGUUUGGUAACUGAACUACUUGCACAGACCUUUCCUCUCUUUUGUUAAGUAGCAAAAACAUAGGUAUAUGUAGGACUCAGCUAUAGUGAAGUGAUGGAGAGGUGCCUUAGAGGUAUGUCCGAUGGGUAAAGGGGAGAUGGUAAUCUAAAUUCCAAUAUCUUCCCUCUUCCACUGGCAAAACAAACCUCUGAAACACCACUCCUCUCCCUCUUUAGGAGAGUUAGAUCUUGGCUAUCCGUCCUCUCAGAUUUAUUGUGAUAAUAGAUAUAAUCAAUAAAUAAUAACAGCUAACAGGGUGUGGUGUUUCUAGAAAAUAGCAAAAAAAUUAGUCUGCUAUAAUAAGUCUGCUUCCCACUAGUGACAGUAUACAAAUAAUUAUGUCAAUAAUAUUGAUAUGAUACCGCUAAUAGUAAUAAAAUGGGGGCUGAGCUUUUCAUUUCAAGUAGAAAGAUCUUCAAAAGACUCGACACACUCCUCAGCUCAGUGAAGGAAGAUGAUAGCUUGCAAGCAGUUUCAUGAGUGUGAGUGUGUAUGUUUGUAUGUCUGUAUGUAUGCGUUUCAAACUCUGUCAUGCAUGUAGAGGUUUUGGAGUAGAUGUCCUCUUACAACAUUAUGUAACUGUACACAGUUCUGUUGCGUGUAAUUUCAGUACAAGCUUUUGUGCGAGUUUCAGCAGAUGUGAAUGUAUGUGUUUGUAUGGGUGGAUGUGUUGAGAGUGGUGUAUGCAUGCACAGUUGCUAUAUCAGCCUUGAUCAGUUCCAUGGGGAUUUCAAGUAUAUGAGCAUCAUUCCUGGACAAGCUGUUACAACCUCUGUAGAUCAGCAAGUAGAAAAACUAUAUGAAGUUCUUCCUUCGUCAGUCAGAACUUAGCAAGUCGAUAGCUUAGCUACAUGUUAUUUUGGAUGGAGCUUGUUAAUAUGUGAUCUUUUAUUAACUAGGAUUAUGGUGGCUUGGUGACUUAAAAUCAGUGGCAACUGAGGACUGACUCUACAUUUUGCAAUGUUGUGUACAAAGAACAUGUUUCAUAGUUUGGUUUGUAGAAGUUGGUGGAAUAAUUGGAGGAUCAAACAAGGAACUGGAAACAAAACUUUGUUAAAAUGUCUGUGCACUUCCAGUACUCUUGUCAAUUAUCUUAUUGUCUCUUCCAGUAAAGAAAAUAAGUCAACUUCAUGUUUAGUGGCCUUCUCCUCCCCAGUGCCCCCUGGUGUCCACCAAAGACACUCCAUUCACUUGACUGAAAUCUGAGAGAGAGAGAGAGAGAGAGAGAGAGAGAGAUAGUAUAAAGUUGGGAGAGAGAGGGAGAAAAAGAGAGAGUAAGAGGGAAGAGGAGCAAUGUGUGUGAGAUAUUGCCAGUAGAGCUUCCAUUAUAAAGUCAGAAAAUAAUGCUCUAAGAGAGGUGCAGCACAGCAGCUGGUGAAUGGAGAUUUCAGGCGGUCAUGAUCUUAAGAAGCCUGUUACGUGCAAAGCAGAGGGUCUGUUGGCUAGUCAACUCUCUUUCUCCAUGUCUCCUCCGCAGUGCAUGGAACAUCAAGACAUGACGUCAGCCACUACUGACGCCCGCACAGGGUCUGAGCUGUAAUGCUCUGGACAAAAUGCUCACUGAGCAGGAGUGUUCUGAACACUCCUUAGGAAUUUCCUGUUUUUGUAUCUUUUUAAACAAUAUUAUUUGUUUAUUUUACAUAUUUUUCCCUUUUGAUAGAGAGACAAGGAUUGUGCUUGAAGAUGGUCUUUCAAGUACACAUAAAUAUGAAUGUAAUUUUAGUCAUGAGGUUAAAAAAAGAACAGUAUGGUAGAUGAAUUCUGUUUUCUGACUUGAAAAAUAACAUGUAAUAAUGAACCGCUAUGAGGUAUUCACAUAUAUACAGUAGUCUUAGAAACAUGUCUAGGAACUUGGAUUCAAUAUAAUCAUAACGCAUGAGAAACACUUGCUUCUUCAGUAUCCUCUGGUAUUGACAUAACAAUCUUCACUUUCUUUCUCAUAUGUGGUUCGCUUCAGUUUUGAUUUUCUCUGCUGAUAUGCUUGAAAUACAAUCUGCUGUCAAGCCAACUUUUUGGACAAGUCUUUUUGUGCAGUCAUUUUCAACAUGAAACCAAAAAGAGGAGCCCCUUGCUGGUUCUUUUUUUUUUUCAAUCACAGCAUAAGCUGUCCAAUUACAAAAGACCCAUGCCCACCCCUCCCUCCAUGCCUUUUCCUAUCCCCUUCCCAUUUCCAAACAUUUUAUCCUCUCCUUUUGAAGUGAGUGUGUUUGAAACUGUGCAAUGAUGCCGCAGCACUGUUCCUUUCCAGAGGGUAAAAACAAUGCUAAGAUUUGUUGCUUUAUUCGGGUGUAGGUACAAGCCUUUCAUGUAUUGCGUGUGUGUGUGUGUGUGUGUGCGUGUGUGUGUGUGUUGGAGGGUGUGGGUGUGUGCGUGCUUGUGAGGAAAAGGAAAACCAAAACAAGUACCGUAUCCCUUGUGGCUUGCCACCAAACCAAUGCUUGGUUUUGGACCCCUAUCAGCCUUAUUUUUAUUUUCCCAUUGCACACUUUAUUCACAAGUAAUUCAAAUACAGAUUCAAAAUUUACUUGUCUAUACCUGUGGCUGACUAGAAGAAAAUAUGGAUGUCACACACAUCUAAAUCUAAUUUUUAAAACUCCACCAAAGUCAGUGACAUUUCAUAAGAAACUGUCAUACAUCAUUCACCAGGUCUGGAGAUUAGAAACCUGGUAAAGGCAUAUUUUGAGUUUAAGGCUGGUUUAAGAAUUAUCUUCAAAAAUAAUUCAAGUCUCGUUAUUAGAAUCACCCAAAUAUUACUCAAAUUCCAAAUCCCUGUUUAGGUUUAUGUGAAACAGAAUCACAAUUCAACUAGCAGACAUUACUGUGUAUAAAAAAACUUAAAAUAAGCUAUUAAAACACACAAAAAUCCUAAUUUAAGAUCAAGCACCUUACCAAAUUUGUGAUUACCAAAUCAGAAUUUUAAUUCCAUGUAACAGUUUGUUGAAACUACAUAAUGUCCGUGUCAUGUCACCAGGAACUUAUUCCAAUCAUCUGCAGGCAGUAACAGACAUUGAAAACUUUCCAAGGAAACACAGGUUUUGUUUGCUUGAAACCUGCCACCAGAGUUUGAUUACUGUCUGGGAAACACUCCAAAAUAUGGCCACUGCACAGCAUUUAGGUGGAAGGUCAUUCAGAAAACACUUGUAAAAUAAGUAAGAGACAAAGUAAAGGAAAAAAAGACAAAAAUGUGAAAAAAAAAACACGCUUCAACAUAUGAAGGGUCACACGCACAACACACUGUUUUGAGCUGUUUUUGAUCAGUAAAUAAUGACCACAACCCACCCAGAAACAACCAGCAGCGAGACCCCAUUAGAAAUAUAAAUUUUCAGUCACAGUGACUAAAAUUUAGUAGUUACAUGUGUUCUACAGUUGGUCAUAGUUGUAGGCAUGUGACUGAUUUGUCUGGUAUUGUGAAAAUGUUACAAUUGUGCCAUUGUUUUAGGGGUACAAAUAUUUGGCCAUAUUUCCUGAAAUAUUUGAAAAGUUUAGUUGUUUCUUGUUGACUUUGUUACCAUCCGAUACAAAGGUCUGUUAACACAAUUGCCGAAUCAAGCCUGCAAUCUAUACUUUGUCCAUUUUCUUUAUUUCUAUGCUCUAGUUCUCCUGUCUCCCUCUGUCCAUGCUACAACCAUAAAAAUAAAGUAUUAACCUGAUGACC